AUGAGCUACCUUUUGUACAGAGACGUAGAGGGCCUAUACAUCGGCCGCGAGUUCCAGGAGACGACCGUCCGAUCAGUGCUCUCCUACGAGCCACAGGAAGGCGACAUCUUCAUCGUAUCGUAUCCCAAAUGCGGCACAACCUGGAUGCAGUACAUCACCUACAACAUCUUCAACGAUGGCAUCCGUCCGCCGAGCAUGAUAGACGUCUUCAUGUCCGUGCCAUUUCUUGAGCGCAAAGGCAUCCGAGACGACAAAGACUUUCCCAGACCGGUGGCAAUGAAGACGCACCUGCCGUUCAGCAAGCAGCCGUACUCGGAAGGUGCCAAGUACAUUUACAUCUCGAGGAACCCGUACGAUUGUUGCGUUUCUUUUUAUCACUACGCCGAAACACCCCGAGCCCACCAGUUCAAGGGCAGGACCUUCGACGAGUUCUUCGAGUCCUUCGUCCGAGGAAACGUUAGCUUCGGCGACUACUUCGACCAUCUUCUGUCCUGGUACGCGCAUCGCAGAGACCCCAACGUCCUUUUCAUGACCUACGAGGACCUCAAGAAGGACAUCGAGUUGUGCGUCUUGAAGGUGGCCGACUUCAUCGGCGAAGAGUACGGCAGGAAGCUCCGGGACCAGCCCGAACUUCUCGAGCGAAUCGUCUCUAACGUGGGCCUGGAGUCUAUGAAAGGCCUCGAGGAGGAGAUGAAGAAGAAAGUCACCCAAAGGCGUGUAACUGAGGCAAGUACGCUGCCGGAAGGUGUUGGAACAAAGACGGCAUUUUUUAGUGGUACCGUUGAAAGAUCGUUCAGCGGUGACCUUGUACGCAAGGGCGUCGUCGGAGAUUGGAAAAAUAAUUUUUCCCCCCUGCAGGUUGAGCGAAUGAAGGGGAGGAUCGCGCUGAAGACGAAAGGAACCGACGUUAUGUGUCUGUGGAAAGACCUCGAUCUCCCUUGA